AUUGAAACAUAUGUACGUAAUAUGAGCAACUUAAUAAAACAUUUACCGUACACAAAUUCUUCAUUUUAAAUACAUUUCAUGUUUUUAUUUUAAAUACUCAAUGCAUAACAAUACCCCAAAGAUACGUCGAUGAUCAAAAUCUCUGGUGUCGGUUUGGCUUCACUUUUGGUCAUAGGAUUACUCGUCCUCUCUCUUUCCUUGUCUAACUAAGAGUCAAACUCAUCAAACUCUAACCUACAAAUAGAUAAAACAUGAUCACAGUACUGUGAACAUGAUAUAACAUAAGAUAAGAACUUCAAAUAGACAAACAAUUAUAGGUAUUUAAAAAUUCAAAUUGUAGUGUUUUACAUGAUAUAGCAUUUUUUUCUGUCUUAAAAUUCAAAUUAUAGACAACAUGAGUGGAGACCAUAAAGUUAUUCGUGUUGGUUCACGAAAAAGUGAGCUAGCUCUUAUCCAAACCAGACAUGUUAUUUCCUUACUUAAAGACUGUUUUCCUGACAAAGAAUUUGAAAUAGUUACUAUGAGCACACUAGGUGACAAAGUACUAGAUAUUGCAUUACCAAAAAUAGGCGAGAAGUCUCUCUUUACAAAAGAACUGGAAACAGCAUUAGCGACAGACUGUGUAGAUUUUGUUGUACAUUCCUUAAAGGAUCUUCCAACUUGUUUGCCAUUAGGUAUGGCUAUUGGUGCUGUAUUAACAAGAGAAGAUCCCAGAGAUGCUUUAGUUCUUCGUAAAGGUUUAACUGGUCUUUCUCUAGAAACAUUACCAGAAAAUAGUAUUAUAGGCACAUCUAGCUUAAGAAGAACUGCUCAAUUAGCAAAAAAGUAUCCCCAUCUGAUAGUAGAAAACAUAAGAGGGAAUCUUAAUACUAGACUAAAAAAGUUAGAUGACUUGGAGCAUUAUCAAGCUAUAAUAUUAGCUGCUGCUGGACUCAAACGGAUAGGUUGGGAAGAGAGAAUAUCAAAAAUUUUAAUAGAAGAUGACUUACUGUAUGCAGUUGGCCAAGGAGCACUAGCUGUAGAGUGUAGAGCUGAUAAUGAAGAAAUCAUUAACCUACUUCAACCACUGUAUGACUUAGAAACAGCAUUACAAGUUGCAGCAGAAAGGAGUUUUUUAAAAACCCUAGGUGGCGGAUGUAGUGCUCCUGUAGCUGUGGUCUCAAACCUUAAGGUGGUUAAAGAGAACGAGCUGGAUUUAUACCUAAAGGGUGCUGUUUGGUCCCUAGAUGGCAAGGAAGAAGUAGUGGGUAGUGACAGUAUAAGUAUUGGAGUGAAAAAAGAUUUGCGGUGUGCGCAGUGUCCAUAUAGAACUAUUAAAGUAAAAGAUAUAGAAAACUUGGAAUGUAUUAAAUGUCCUGUUAAUAGUGGAGAACCUUCAUCAAAAAAACCUAAACUGGAUGACAUUCCGACUGAAUUAUUAAAAAAUGAUCCACAUGACAAGUGCCCAAUUCAGUUACCUGUAGGUUCGGACUUUAUGGGUAAAUGUCCCUAUCUAGAAAACAAACUAGCAACGUCGGAAGGUUUUGAACCAACUGAAGUGGAAUACGCAAAGUGUCCAUUUCUCCAAGGAGAAAUUAUGAAAUAUUCCGAAAAUAAUGCUUUGGAACAAUCGACUUCUGAUGAUAAGAAUUUAUUUUGUGGGUUAGUCAUUCACAAAGAUGCUACUUAUGAGGGAAUGUUAACAGCGAAAAAGUUAGGAGAAAAGUUAGCCAAUAAUUUAAUAGCAAAAGGAGCAUUGGAAGUUAUGUCUAAAGCUCAAGCAAUUAUACACAAUCAACAGUCAGUUCCACCAGUAACUUCCAGUUAGUUGUUUUGUUGCUAAUAUAAUUUAUAGUGUGCUACACAAAGUAAGCGGAAUACUUUUUUGAGGUGCGGUAAUUGUACCGAGGAAAAUGCUUAUCUGCAUAGCUAAUUUCUCAAAAAAAAGAACGGUCCACUAAUUUUGUGGAGCACUGUAGGUAGGAACUAAACGUUGUUUUUUUAUUGGCUGGGUAUAAUUAUUUUUAUUUAUAUUUUAAGUUUUAAAAUGUUUUGAAAUAUAAACAAUAGUAUUCAAUUUAUUAAUACGACAAAACCAUAGCAACUAAAUCUUGAAACUAUUUCUUUGAUAUAGUUUUGAGGUUUACAGGAUAGUAUAUCAACGACAGUUCUCUUGAUAUACAGAUGUCCCUGUAAGUUGUAUCCAUAUGAAAAACUUUUUUAUUAUUAAUUUUACGAGAAAAGUUAUUCUUCAUAAAAAGCUCUGCUUGGUCCAAAACCUGAAAUUUAACCAUCAAAUAUCAAAUUUUUUAAAUAUUAUACGAGGUAUGUCAAAAAGUUUGAAUUUCACUCAAGAGUAAAGUAGCUUUAUUUUUCACAAUAUUGAAAAUUGCUAUUAUGAAAAGUUGUUUGGAAUUAAAUAUCUAUAUUUUAGUAUGCAAUUACAUCCUUCUAAUUGAAAAAAAUUGUUUUUGAAAAAUUUUGGAUAACUAACAUUAUUUUCAGUUAUUUCAAUUCAGAUAACUCUUUAUUAUUAAUUUUACGAAAAAAAAGUGAUUCUUAAUAAACAGUUCUGCCUGUUCUAAAACCUAAAAUACAACCAUCUUAUGUCAAAUUUUAUCAAUUUUAUACGAGGUAUGUCAAAAAAUAUGAAUUUCGCUCAAGAGUAAAACACGUUUAUUUUUCACAAUAUCGAAAAUUGUUAAUAUGAAGUUAUUUAGAAUUAAAACUAUGUUUCAGUAUGUAAUUACAUCCUUUUAAUUGAAAUAUUCUGAACUAUAAAGGUACUUUACUUUUGAUCUAAAUUUAUCUUUUUUGACAUAUCUCGUAUAAAAUUGAUAAAAUUUGAUAUAAGAUAGUUGUAUUUUAGGUUUUACACCAUCCAGAACUUUUUAUUAAGAAUCACUUUUUUUCGUAACAUUAAUAAUAAAAGAGUUAUCAGAAUUGAAAUAACUGAAAAUAAUGUUAGUUAUCUAUAAUUUUUCAAAAAUCUUUUUUUCAAUUAGAAGGAUGUAAUUGCAUAUUAGAAUAUAGUUUUUAAUUCCAAACAACUUUUCAUAAUAGCAAUUUUCAAUAUUGUGAAAAAUAAAGCUACUUUACUCUUGAGUGAAAUUCAAACUUUUUGACAUACCUCGUAUAAUAUUCAAAAAAAUUGAUAUGUGAUGGUUAAAUCUUAGGUUUUGGACAAUGCAGAGCUUUUUACGAAGAAAGCUUUUUUCCGUAAAAUGAAUAAUAAAAAGUUUUCCAUAUGGAUACAACUUACAGGGACCUAUUGUAUAAUAAAUACCAUUUUAUACUAUAUAUUUUUUUAGAAGUAAAUAAAAUUCUGUUUGGGUCAAAUGGACGCGAACAAAACAGCAGGGUUAAAAUCAAAAUGGGCUUGGAAAAUUUUAAGAGAUUGUGUAUAGGUAAUGGAUUUUGGAAAGAGCUAUGACCUUGAAAAUGUCACAUAAACUUGUGUACUAAAUCGGAAUAAUUCAUAGCUCUUGUUAAAAUCCAACACCUUAAUAAUAUAACUAAAUAUUUUCGAUUCUAAAAUAUUGUAAAAGACUAAAGAAUCUGACAUUUUUUUCAUUUUUCAAUUGUGACAUUUUCAAGGUCAUCGCUCUUCCCAAAAUCCAUUACCUAUAUUAUAUAUUAUUCACUGUUUUCCAUAGAUCUCAGUCUAUAUAGCUCUACCAAAUCAAUAUAAAGAAAUGCUUUGUCCAUUUUAUCAAUUAGUGAUAUAAUAAGUUGAUAAAAUCAUCUACUCAAAACCAACAGAUAGUUAUUUUAUAUUCCAUUUAACCCUUGCCUUUGUCAAGAUUGAUUGUAAAAUUUUACAAAUGAAAGACGUUAUCAUCGUAAAAAGACGUAAAAAUGGUUUUAUGUGUUUGGUAAGUUUUUAUUAGUGUUCUAAAAUAAUGUAUUGUCUUUCAUUUGUAAAAUUUUAGAAUCAAUCUUGACAAAUUCAAGGGUUAAUGCCGAAACGUUGAUUGUAAAUGAAAAAUAAAAUCUAACUAUAUUGUAACGAGUUAUAUUUUAUGAAUUUUACACAAACAGUUGUUUCCUAUGAGCUCAAGUUCCAUGAUGUAUUAUUAUGACAAUUCAGCUUAGUUAUACACAAAAAAGUCUUCGUGAUGUUUAUGUAUUUUUUCUUUUUUGUCGACUGAUUUUGAUUCGUUCUGGUUUCAUUGUUAAUUCUCUAUAGUCUAUUGUUGAAAUAAUAUAUUAAAUCUUUUAUAUACA